AUGAAGCCGUCAAAGCACGGGCUGCUGCUCUUCGAGCAUAGCUCUAUUGACACAUGGAGGUCUCCUUCAUUACUUGACCGAGGAUGGGACAGCCAGCGAUCCGAAAAAAAGGUAUUUUCUCAAACAUAUCCUACCUCCUUGGAAAGUUGUCAUAUAACCAAUAAGUACUGGUUACAGCAACUGCGAAGUCCGAACAUUCACGUUUACCUAAUCUUAAAGAUUAGACAGCAGAAAGGGCUCACUUUGUUGAAGUUGGAAAGAAGAAACAUGGUAUGGAGACUGAAAGCACUAUUUUGGUGGAAUUGGAUGAGGUCGAAUGAUUCCUGA